GGCCAAAGCGCGGCGGAUUUCCUUGUUGACGCGCUUCCUUGCGCCAGCAAACCGGGCCGACGCUAACAGGGUUGUCACUCUAUUUUUGAGAAGCGGAAGGAUCAGUGUGGAUCACUGAUCCUUCCAAAUGCCAGAAAUGAGCCAAUAGAAAUACAAAGCGAACAGCAAAGUCCAGAUCCUUCCGAAUAAAUACCCCAGCUGGGGGACAAUCUCAAUUUCCCUGUUUUGUGCUCAAGCCGAAGGAAGGGCUGGGCAGUUUCAAUCUGCUCCCCUAUUUCUGCUGACUGGCAGCGCUCCAUGCUGAUAAUCAUGUUCUUCAUGGACAACCGUCGCUGUCUCCAAAGAGCAAUCAGUCAAUAUGUUGUGCGAUAGAGCUCUUCUCCUAUCGGUGCUCUUCGCCCACCUCCCCUUGGCCAUAUCACAAACCUGUGUGUGGAAGGACGGCACGACAGCGACAGAUUAUGUGCCAUGUCGAACUGGCGCAACAUCAGGCACAUGCUGCCACGCCGGUGAAGCCUGUCUCGCAUCUGGAUUAUGCUACGGCGCGCCUGGAUUGAUAUACCGCGGCGCUUGCGUCGACAGCUGGGACACACCAGACUGCCUGACAUACUGCAAAGAAUCCCUGCCUUACUGGGCCAACAUCUACCCGUGUAACGAAGGGCUUGGAGCCGACAACCCCUCAAGGUUCUGGUGCGGCAGCCCUACACUGAAAACGUGUAGUGUAGACGAGGGCAAGCUCUUCAAAGUCAGCCCUGGUGUGGCCGUGAAACUCAUCCCCAGAGUCUCCACGACUGUGGCGUCAUCCGCGCAGACAUCGUCGCCCAGAUGCUCCUUGCCGACCUCGACCUCCGCAUCAUCCAAAGUAGCAGCGAGGAACCCCGACGGCGUCGCCUCCUCAGACAAGACCACAUGCUCAGGCGCAACGGAAGCAGAGAAAAUCCACUUCGCAAACUCCGUCACGGCGGUGGGAGCCGGCGUAGGAGUCCCAUUCGGCGUUCUCGCCCUGGCGUUUCUGGGGCUCUUCCUGAACGAGCGGCGCCUGCGGAAGAAACUGACGAAGCCAACCGAUGUGAGCGGCCCUGGCGUUGCAUACGGGCCCGUUAAUAGCACAUACCAAGGCCCGGAUUACGGCCAGGGACAGGUCCCGGUACGCGGCCAAGAACAAGAACAAGUGCAAUACGUGUAUAAGCCCGAGAAUGAGAUGCCUGCGAACUCGGAUCCGGCGCACGAGCUCACAGGAGGCCAUCACCGCCCUGUUCAUGAGCUUGGGGGUCAGAAUUACCCAUUGUAGUUUUAUGUUGAUGUGUAGCCAUCAAUUAGUGUCAAUUUUCAAUUUGAAUGGCAAUUUACAAUACCCUCGUACAGUCCGGUGUACUCAUGCCGCCCAAGUCCGAAUUUAGUUUGAUCGUGAGAAUUAAUAUCCGGGUUUGAGCUGAUAGAAAUUGUUAUUUUGACAAUGUUUUGAAU